AUGGAUGGAUUAAGAGCACCGGAGGAUACAACGGAUAGUCGAAGACUGGUUUACAAACGUGUAUCUGGCCUAUACAAUGACUUGCGGAGGCCAGCUGAUGAUCAAGUCAGUGUUUCUAUCCUCCCAGACAAGUCUGGUUCCAAUUUAUCGAUCCCAGGAGGGGUGAAAGGCUUGAGGAUGAGCACUGGGGUGGAUCAGAACCUCCGAUCGAUCGUGCAGGGCUAA